AAAAGUGUCCCAUCUUCCUCGGCCCCCAAUAUUCCUCCUCCCCAACCCUCUGACUCCCACAGUCCCACUCAGUUGUCUCUCCCUUAACCCUCGGUGGUGGUCAGUCUUGCUGACCCCAGCAGAGCAGAGGCGCAACGGCGUGGUGACAGCUGUCACAAGGAGCUGCCAGUCACUUUCCUCUACCCUGCACUGACAACCAAGAAGCGAGGGCUCCCUGUUCAUCUGGAUCCAAAGUGGAAACUGAGGGCCACAUCAUGGCAUCCCAGAUCCCAGCACUCCCACAGUCCUAUGCUCCAGGGACGGACAGCGUCUUCUCUGACCAGUCUGGCUUUUACUCUCUGGACUCCAACGUCCCCGGGCUCUCGAAGGUGAUUCUCGACAAGCUCAACAUGAAGGACUAUGGGGAAUACAGGGCUGCUCUCGAGGGAAAGGCAAAAGGGAUCUCGUUCCGCAACUACAAGGAGAUGUUCCAGAGGAUGGAGGAGACCUUCAAGUUCUGCACCGGCUGCAACAGACUCUCUGAGCAUCUCGCCGAGGGACAGGCCCUGAAGCGCUGUGUGAAGUGCUUAAAUGUGUACUACUGCAGCAAGGACUGUCAGAAAAAGGACUGGCCUCAGCAUAAAAAGACCUGCAAGAAGCUGCGUCUGGUGGCGAUCGACAGACUAGUGGAGUGGCUGAUGUUCACUGGAGACCUGCCGUUCCCCGUUGAGAAGUGGUCCAAGUCAGCUGCUGAGGUGAAGAACUGGGACGACUGGCUUCCCAUGCAGGGGGACCUCACUCCCCGUCUGGAUGCCAUCUUGUCUGGGGCCAACAUGACAACCCUUUGGAAGAAUGUCAGCAGGCCAAGGCCGGAUGACUCUGACCUGCAUGAAUCUUUAUGGCGGAUUCAGAGCGAGUUCCUCUCUCGAGUUCUCACAGUCGGGGCGGGCGUUCAGCACUUCGGCCUUGACCCCUACGCGAAGCCGCUCACCAUCCACAUAGCGGGGGCAUCCCACAAUGAAACCAUGGGAGCCAGACUGACUGACUAUGACGAGCUGAGCAACAUGUUCCCCGGACACCAGGGUAUCGAGAUAGUCAUGGUGGGACCGGAGGUGGUGGACGGCCCCAUCGUGAGGCCUCCCCUCAGGGGUUUCGGCCCCAGGCAGAAGGUCUACAUCAGCACCUACAAGGGCCUCUACCACCAGUUCUGGGAUGAUGUGGUGGAGAAAGGAGAAGCAGCGAAGCCAGAUCUGGUGGUCGGAUUUCAUCCUGGGUUCCACGCUAACCAGGGUCUGGUAGAGGGUUGGCUGCCCACCCUUCUGCUGCUCAGAGAUUAUAACAUCCCUUCCCUCUUCACUAUGUACAGCGAAAUGGAGCUCAAGUGCUCGCUCCAGAUCCUGCUGGAGUUGGAGAUACACAUCAGGGACAGCGGACCCAAUCCAUUCACCUCGCAGAAACCAGAGCAGGUCCAGUCCUGCCCCAACAAAACCCCAGUCUACUGCAACUCUCACUACAUCUGUUUCCAGGGACUGCUGCCUCGAGGAGAUUUUGAGGAGCCCAGGACAGACAAUUAAGCAAAAGCCUGCUUUUGUACUCCACUUUCAAAAUGAGGUUUCAAAGGUUUAGUUUGAGGGCUUCCCACAGCCUUUUGGAGAUGGAUGCUGCUGAGCUGUGCUGCCACUCGGCUUAAAUGGAUGCAGGAGCCCCACAUUGGAAUGGUGUGCUGAACACCGUCCUAUAAAUUCUGAUAUUAUUAAUUAAAGAAACAGAUGAACGAUG